AUGAUCCAGGAACCUGCCACCGAUGCCAUCAAAGUACAAAUAAUUGAAUCCAUUCAACCAGUCCAAUCUACCCAGACGCACCCAUUGAGCGGCCCCCUGCGACUCUUCGAAGAUGUACCAGGUGCGUAUGAGCCUUUGACAGGAUGGCUAGACGGACAUGCACCCGUGCAUCCCCAUUUCGAGAAUGCCGAACGAAUCCAGUUCUGGACGAGGAAUGCGAAAGAGCCUGUCCUGAGAUAUAUUCUCGAGGGAUGCCAGAUUCUUCUAGAGCGAGCGCAGAACCAACGCCUGUUACUGUGCCUGCGCCAGCAUGAACUUCUCUGGAAAGCGGCCGUCUCGCUUCACAAGUACGGUUCUAUCUAUUUUGCCAGUCGAUCCGAGUGUCGCGACGAUUUUCUGUCUGCGGUGGAGUCCAAUCUUCGUACGUUCCAUGAAAUCGAUGCAUUUCUCUCUGCGGACAAGAACGCCAUCCGAGCCAUUAACUAUGGCGUGCAUCAACUGGUUCGCAGUGGGGAGUUGAUCGUUGAGUACCAUGCCAAACUUAUCCCUCCGUUCGGGAUAUCAGCUAUCGGUGUGAAUCACGUCGGUGGACGAAGGCAGGAUUUCGACGGGGACAGCAUGAGUCUACUAGAUCGCGAGGACGCCAUCUAUGAUCUUCAUGACUUCGCUCACAUCACGGCCGCCUCCUUGUGUCCGGCUAUAUACGGGUCGAAGUACUUUUCCCAUUUGAUGAAGCUUCCUCCCGAUUUGACGGUACUUAUACGCAGUCCUAAAAAGGAUAAGGUUUAUCCUUCACCGGCGUAUUCUGACGGGUUGAUCUUCGGCGAGCUGCUUCCUGUUCUGUUCAAAUCGGAAGUGGAAGAUAGAGGGAAAGCACAUACGUAUGCGUCUCUCACGGAGGACAUGGCGGAUUCUCUCGCUGACUAUUUGAUGGGUCGGCGAGAGCUCGAGCACUUGACUACGGGCCAAAUACUGCGGGUCAAAGAGCGCAUGACGGCCGUCGAGCUGGCAGUGUUGGUGCAAAACAAGGUCUACGAGUUAUCUGCAAAUGAGCUGGAGCAGAAGGUUCUGACGAGAGGAGGGCCAGAUGGAGACCCGAAAGACGAGCUUGAUGUAUUGACUACUCUGGAGAGGGUUAGGGCUCUGGCGCAUUGUCGGAAAUGGCUGUACUUCGAAGUGAGAAACGUGAUCAUGCAUCGUGCGCAUACACUGGCGUAUCAGAAAGUGGCCGAGGAGAUGCUUGCAGAUGGAUCUAUGUCAGAAGAAGACGGGUUUCUACUGCAAGAUAUCCUAGAUCAUUUGCAAUAUCGGGGAUGGGAACGUGACCAAGUUGUUAACCUUUGGCAAACUCUCUUAAUGAGGUAG